AUGAAGAGGAUGAUGAGUAAUGAAACGGUGUCAUCAAAGAAGAAAAAAGAUGGUUUGGGCCCUGCUUUCACUACUCCUUUUGCCUUCGCUUAUCCGAGCUUCUCAAAGUCGAAUAUUAAUGUCAAUUCUGUUGCGCAUUAUGUUGGUUUUGUCGAUCCGAACGAUUUAAAUUUUGUUUCUGGUAACCGGAAGUUCUCAAGCUGGAAUGGAUAUUCGAGCAGCAAACUCGCUCAGGUUAUGUUUAACAACGUUCUAUUCAAAAGACUGCCAUUGAAAAGCGGCAUUAGUGUCGUUUGUUUAUCUCCUGGCGUUGUCAAAACAAACAUUACUAGAGAUCUUCCAAGGUUUAUUCAAGAUCUUUACUUUGCCUUGCCUUAUAUCAGCUAUUCGCCACAAGAAGGUUGUAGAAGCUCAGUUUUCUCAGCGACAGAUUCUCAGAUUCAUAUAUACUGUGAAAAGUUAAAAACCGAUAACAAAUCGGUUUGCGCAUUCAUAUCACAAAGUUGUCAACCAACAAAUUCUUCAGAAGAAGCUCACAAUGUAGAAACAUCGAACAAAGUUUGGGAAAAGACACUAGAGUUAAUUGGUCUUCCUCUUGAUGCAUUGGAAAGGCUUAUAGAAGGAGAAGAGGUCCAACGUCGUUGUGGGAAUCAUUAUCAAUGA